AAAGAAAUAGAAACAUUAUCUCAGAAAAAUUAAUUAAAACGAUAUAAAUAUUUCAUGGCUUUUCCCUCUAAAUUCCUUGCCUUUAUCUCCUUUCUUGUAUUUAUUACGAUCACCCCAUUUUCUCAUUCGAUCCCCUUCAUUGUUAUCCAUGGGAUCGGAGAUCAGUGUGCCAAACGUGGAGUCAAACGGUUCACUGAACUUCUCACUAACUUUUCUGGUUCUGAAGGAUAUUGUUUAGAAAUUGGAGAUGGGACAUGGGAUUCUUGGUUUAUGCCUCUGGAAGAACAGACAAAUGUGGUUUGUGAGAAGGUUAAACAAAUGAAAGAACUGAGUAAUGGUUACAACAUAGUUGGUCUCUCCCAGGGUAACUUGAUAGCCUGGGGCGUUAUCGAGUUUUGUGAUGGUGCACCACAGUCUGGUUUUCUGUGCCUGAUUGCGGACAAGCUAAUCAAGUCGGAGAUAUACAGCGACUAUAUCCAGGCUCAUUUGGCACCAAGUGGUUAUCUAAAAUUGCCGAACGAUAUACUUCAUUAUUUGGAAAAAUGUCAAUUUCUUCCGAAGCUUAACAACGAACUUCCGGACGAAAGAAAUUCUACUUAUAAGGAAAGGUUCACUCGCUUGCAAAACUUGGUACUUAUCAUGUUUGAGCAUGACACUGUUUUGAUACCGAAGGAAACCUCUUGGUUCGGAUUUUACCCAGAUGGAGCCUUCAAGCCGGUCAUUCGGCCUCAAGAUACAACGCUUUACACCGAGGACUGGAUCUGUUUAAAAACCUUAGACGACUCCGGAAAGGUCCACUACAUUAAUGUCUCGGGAGGUCAUCUCGGAAUCUCCAACGACGAUAUGAAAAAACAUGUUGUACCUUUCUUGAAGGAUCAAGAUUCAAUGGCAGAUAGCGUUCGGAGUAGUUAUGUCGAAGUUCAUGGACCUCAUCGUAAGGUCAUGGUGAACCAUAAGAGAAAGCAAGCAGUGCCUUUGUUGCAGGAAAAAGCUCCAUCUGAACUCAUACUCGAUGGAUCACCAUCGUACCGGUGGCCCCCGUCGGUCCAAAGCUUCAUCAUGGAAUUACUUGGAUUUACUGAAGAUUAAGCCAUAUCCUUAUCUUUGAUUUACAGAGUAUUAUUUGAAUCAAUUCAGUAUGGUUAUUAAAUGAUCAUCUCCACGUUGGUUUGAAAUUAAACUUAAUAGCCUUUCCAGCUUACCCCUUGUAAGGAUAAACCCGAAUACUUUAGCAUAUCAUUCGAUGAAAUUUGUGUUAAUAUAUAACCCGUGUGGUGUCUGC